AUGGCUAAGGUUAGCAUACCAACAGUGACUUUAAACAAUGGAGGGAAAUUGCCAGUGUUGGGCUAUGGCACGUGGCUCGGAUUCGAUGAAAAGCUUGAUCCAAGAAUAUUUGAUGUGCCCAAGUUAAUUGAGACUUUAUCUUAUGCUAUUGACAUAGGAUAUCGCCAUAUUGAUACCGCGCAUUUCUAUAGAGUCGAACCAGAAGUGGGGCAGGUUGUCAAUGAGAAAAUAAAGCUUGGAAUUGUAAAGCGUGACGAAUUAUUCAUAACAACCAAGGUAUGGCAAAAUUAUCACCGCGAAGCAGAUGUUGAAGUGUCAGUCCGUGCGUCAUUAAAACGGCUCAAUCUAGAUUAUUUGGAUCAAGUUUUGAUUCACUGGCCUGUGUCAGUUUCCGAAAACGGAGUUGACGAGAAAAUUGACUAUUUGGAAACAUGGCGUGGAUUUGAAUCUGUUUUGGCGAAAGGAUUAACGAAAUCCAUCGGGGUUUCCAAUUUUAAUGUGGACCAAUUGAGGAGACUUUUGGCUAAUUGCAAAGUAAUUCCGGCUACCAAUCAAAUAGAAGUCAAUCUGAACCUGGGGCAAAAUGAAUUAGUGGAAUACUGCCAGUCACAUAAUAUUGUGGUUGUUGCUUACUCACCUUUUGGCACAAUGGUACCUGGUCAAGGACCUCCAGACAGCCCCGAACCGAAGCUAAACAAUCCAACUUUGGUGGCGAUAGCUAAGAAAUAUGGAAAAACUGUGACUCAGAUCACACUGAGAUACUUGAGAGGCUUAGUGAGCAUCCCCAAAACUGUGACGAAAGCUCGGGUGCUCGAAAAUGCUACUAUAUUUGAUUUCAUCAUCGAUGAUGAUGACGUCAAAACGCUCGCUCAAUUCAACAACGGGUAUAGGACCGUCACGUCCAACUUCUAUCAGGAUUAUGAGAACUAUCCGUUUGAAAAACCUUCGGGUGAAAAACAACAACUUCCAAGCAGUUUUCUCAAAUGGAAAAAUGGAGUUAAUGGUGAUAUCGAAUGA